AUGUGUGCAGCCGUUGUCCCUAUGUUCAUUGGAUCCCUCUCGGCAGAAGCGAUUAGGAUUCUGAUCCAGGAACACGGCUAUGAUGCUUCACAGUGGAUAUUCAAUGCAUAUGUCCAAUGGAAGACAGGACAAGCAGCGACACAGCACACUCGCACGAUGGAGGAUGUGCAGCACUUCACGUCGGACUUGAAAAAUAUCAUUGAACGAAAAGAGAUCCGCGUUGUCCCUGACGCUUUCAACUCAACCCCAAACUUCAUCGGCUACUUCCAGACUGCAGCGUUAGGAGCGAUACCUCUUGCAAUACUGGAUGUAGGCCAGGCAAUUAGGCGGGUUGGUGCAAGCCUCGAGUCUAUCCGAUCCGAACUUGCCAUUGCGAAUGUCUCCACCGUUCAAGGUUGGGAUGGAGGUGGUUUUGGUAGCUACGUCCACCGUUUCGUUCGGAACGAGAUGUCGGCCUUUGACGACAAUGGGGUUGAUAAGGGAGGGAACUAUCAAUACUUCUAUGUUUGGCACCCCGAUACCGACUGGUAUACGGCUUUUGAGGAGAGGCAGGCUGAACAACCUCUUGGACCCAGUUUCGGCGGAUAUCAUCACGAUCUCGUGACAAUCUGUUUGCGCAUGAGGGCUGAUAGAGAAGCUUUGAAAGCAACUACUGAACAUGGAAUCACUGCUGUGUUGCAUCUUGUCAUACCGGCCUACCAACCACUUGUGGUGGACACCGAAUUCAAGUUUGCCGAAGAGCUGUUCCCAUUGAUAGUUACUGGAGCUCGACAUCGAGGAAUCGAUCUGGUUUGGCUUGCACUUGAUCAACCUACAGGGGAUGGAAGACUCGAACUUCGGCUUGUUUACUUGGAUGACUACAGAGAAUUUACGAUGUGA